GGCCCAAUCUAUGCCGUGUAGUUCUCUCUGCCGACUUCAUUCCUCAACAGGGUCGUUUGCGCUCCCCGUUGCCGAUGCUCAGCAGUUCGGAAGCAGGAAGUGAUCAGAUACGACGUGGGCACGCCUAAGGUUUCUGCAAUCUCCCUGAAAAGCUACAAGUCUCCAAAGGCGGCUACCGCCAUUGUCUCCGAGCAGUUGGUUUCCUUGCUGCGAAGUUCCUGUCUUCCCGAUACCACCUGAGCUCCAUUCGUUAAAGAGAAGGGACUCGAGUGGGUGACUGUCGGUGUCGUUCACCCCGCGACAGUAGAAUGGAUGAACCGCCCAGUAUUUCUUCGCCCUACCGGCGUCAGCGUGAUUUGGAGGUUGGAGGUGGACGCUCCGGCGUUUUCGCUGAGGAUGAGUCCUCUGAUGGUGCUUUCGACAUCACCAGCACUAAACACGUCUCCGUCGAUCGUCUCAGGCGAUGGAGGCAAGCUGCACUCGUGUUGAACGCCUCUCGACGAUUUAGAUACACCCUUGACUUGAAGAAGGAAGAACAGGUGAAGAUAACGUUGCAGAAAAUUAGAGCUCACGCUCAGGCCAUACGCGCUGCACAGCUUUUUCAAGAACAAUGUCGACAACCUAAUGGAAUCUCAGAAAGGCCCAUCCCAAAAGGUGAUUUUGGGAUCAGUCAAGAGCAACUUGCUUUGAUGACCAGAGACAAUAAUGUUUCUACUCUGGGGGACUAUGGAGGGGUUAAAGGACUAGCCGAGUUGUUGAAGACAAAUUUGGAUAAGGGUAUUCAUGGAGAUGAUGCUGAUUUAUUGGCUCGAAAGAACACAUAUGGAUCAAAUACAUACCCUCGGAAGAAAGGAAGGAGUUUUUGGAUGUUCCUUUGGGAAGCCUGGCAAGAUCUUACUUUGAUCAUACUGAUAAUAGCAGCAGUCGCUUCUUUGGUACUCGGAAUAAAGACGGAGGGCAUUAAGGAAGGAUGGUAUGAUGGUGGGAGCAUUGCUUUUGCUGUUAUUCUCGUCAUUGUUGUCACAGCAAUAAGUGAUUACAGACAGUCUCUGCAGUUUCAAAACUUAAAUGAGGAGAAAAGAAAUAUACACUUGGAGGUUGUCAGAGGCGGCAGAAGAGUGGAAGUUUCAAUAUAUGAUAUUGUUGUCGGUGAUGUUAUUCCCCUUAAUAUUGGUGAUCAGGUUCCUGCAGAUGGAGUCUUGAUUUCUGGUCACUCCCUGGCGAUUGAUGAAUCUAGCAUGACUGGAGAGAGCAAAAUUGUUCACAAGGAUGGAAGAGAUCCCUUUCUAAUGUCUGGUUGCAAAGUUGCCGAUGGCCACGGCAGUAUGCUUGUGACGAGUGUGGGGAUUAAUACUGAGUGGGGUUUGCUCAUGGCUAGUAUUUCGGAAGAUACUGGGGAAGAGACACCCCUGCAGGUUCGGUUGAAUGGGGUUGCUACUUUCAUUGGUAUUGUUGGACUGUCUGUAGCUGUUGUUGUUUUGGUUGUUCUUUUGGCAAGAUAUUUUACUGGCCAUACAAAAAAUCCAGAUGGGACUGUUCAGUUUAAGGCUGGGAAAACCAGUGUUAGCGAUGCUGUAGAUGGAGCAAUCAAAAUAAUCACUGUUGCAGUUACCAUUGUGGUAGUUGCAGUACCUGAAGGGCUCCCUUUAGCUGUUACACUGACGCUUGCUUACUCAAUGAGAAAAAUGAUGGCGGACAAAGCUUUGGUUCGAAGGCUUUCUGCAUGCGAGACUAUGGGCUCUGCCACAACUAUCUGCAGUGAUAAAACUGGAACCUUGACUUUAAAUGAGAUGACUGUGGUCGAGGCCUAUGCUUGUGGAAGAAAAGUUGAUCCUCCAGACAGCAACUCACAGUUAUCGACUUCUCUGAUCUCUCUAUUGAUUGAAGGCAUUGCUCAGAAUUCAAAUGGCAGUGUUUAUGUGCCUGAGACUGGGGGAGAUGUAGAGCUGUCCGGUUCACCAACUGAAAAGGCCAUUUUACAGUGGGGGAUCAAGCUGGGGAUGGAUUUUGAAGCUAUUAGGUCAAGAUCCUCUAUAAUUCAUGUUUUCCCUUUCAAUUCUGAGAAAAAACGAGGUGGAGUUGCUGUAAAGCUGCCCGACUCAGAAGUUCGCAUACACUGGAAAGGAGCUGCUGAAUUAGUUUUGGCUUCUUGUACUAAGUACAUGGAUGCAAAUGAUCAAGUGGUAGCAAUGGAUGAAGAUAAGAAGAUGUACUUUAGACAGGCUAUUGAAGAUAUGGCUGCGGGCAGUCUACGCUGUGUUACCAUUGCAUAUAGACCCUAUGACAUAAAAGAAGUUCCUCUAGAUGAAGAACAGUUAAGCAAAUGGGCAUUACCUGAGGAUGAGCUUAUUUUACUGGCUAUUGUAGGCAUAAAGGAUCCUUGUCGUCCUGGAGUGAAAGAUGCAGUGAAACUCUGCCAAAAUGCUGGAGUUAAGGUACGAAUGGUUACUGGUGAUAAUCUUCAAACUGCCAAAGCAAUUGCUUUGGAAUGCGGGAUACUAGAUCCAGAAGCAGAUGCUACUGCGCCAAACCUUAUUGAAGGAAAAGCUUUUCGUUCCUUAACUGAUACGGAAAGAGAAAAAGCUGCUGAGAAUAUAUCAGUUAUGGGAAGAUCAUCUCCUAAUGACAAGCUUCUGCUUGUUCAAGCGUUGAGAAGGCGAGGACACGUUGUAGCUGUGACUGGGGAUGGCACUAAUGAUGCUCCUGCUCUACACGAGGCAGAUAUUGGCCUUGCGAUGGGUAUUCAAGGGACAGAAGUUGCAAAAGAGAGUUCGGACAUUAUAAUUUUGGAUGAUAAUUUUGCUUCUGUUGUUAAGGUCGUCAGGUGGGGAAGAUCUGUGUAUGCAAAUAUUCAAAAAUUUAUCCAGUUUCAGCUUACAGUUAACGUUGCAGCUCUUGUCAUAAACGUUGUUGCUGCUGUUUCCACAGGUGAUGUUCCACUGAAUGCAGUACAGCUUCUCUGGGUUAAUCUUAUCAUGGACACCCUUGGAGCAUUAGCACUGGCUACGGAGCCUCCAACUGACCACCUUAUGCAUAGGCCUCCAGUCGGUAGGAGAGAGCCUCUUAUUACAAAUAUCAUGUGGAGGAAUUUAUUGAUACAGGCUGCCUAUCAAGUGAGUGUCCUGCUUGUCCUCAAUUUCCGAGGUAAAAGCUUACUGAAUUUGGAGCAUGAUACCAGCAAUCAUGCUAACAAAGUGAAGAAUACACUGAUCUUCAACGCGUUCGUCCUUUGCCAAAUAUUCAAUGAAUUUAAUGCCCGGAAACCAGAUGAGUUCAAUGUUUUCAAGGGAAUAACGAAGAAUCGUCUCUUCAUGGGAAUAGUAGGUCUGACUCUUGUACUUCAGGUCAUUAUCAUAGAGUUUCUCGGGAAGUUUACUUCAACAGUGAGACUUAAUUGGAAGCAGUGGAUCAUAUCUAUUGUUAUUGCUUUUAUCAGUUGGCCUCUGGCUGUUGUUGGAAAGCUAAUACCCGUCCCCGAAACUUUGAUUCAUGUGUAUUUUGCAAGAAUAUGCUGUCGACGAGGUAGAAGGACUAACUGGAAUUUAGAUCACCUUGAGAGAAUCUUUCAGAAAAUAGUCAAAUAUCACAAGGCAUUUCCUGGGUCCCAGGGGCAGUACAAGAUUUGUGUCCAUCCAUGGUCCGUACCUAUAAAAACAGUAAACCUCAACUAGAGAAGAGAAGUAAGAUUAACUGCUUUAUCCAUACCGAAAAUCUGAUGACUGAAUUAUCACCUGUUUAUCAUGAAAUUGGGAUAAAUGAAAGCAUAAAGAGCUUUCGCUCCAAGUCGGUCAAAAUCAUCGGCACUGCCGGCUGAUCCACCUUCACAUAUUUGUAGACUUACUUUUUCAUGUAUCUAGGACGAAGCAAUGACUAAAAUGAAAACCAUAAACAGUUGCAGAUAUUAAGUAACAACCAUACAAUAAGUUUUACUCUGUAAAAAGUAUUGAGGAUGAUUCCAGGGAAAUGCAGGAACAACGCUUACAUA